ACAACUGUUACACAAGCAACGCAAGCAGCAAUCAGCCAUCAAUAAUCAGCAAGCAGUAAACAGCACGCAACAAGCAGCGCAUUGAACUCGAGCUAAUCGAAUCAUUUGUCAAAUUAUCAGCAGCCGGAAUGAAGAGCCGCUGCCCGCGCCCCCUCCAGCUAUAUUUGUGGCUGCUGUGCAUCUCGCUGGCUGCCGCUAGUGCGCCUGUUAUCAGCCAUAUUAGCCAGGAUGUAGUGGCCAGUGUGGGCGACAGCGUUGAGUUCAACUGCACCGUGGAGCAUGUGGGUCAACUGACCGUCAGCUGGGCCAAAACGGAACCCAACUCGGCCGUGGUGCUCAGCAUGCGCAAUAUGCUCAGUCUGCCGGAUCAGCGCUACAAUAUCAGCGUGCAAGAGAAUCCCAGCCAGGAUAGUGCCGUCUAUAGCUUCCGCAUACGCCAGAUCGAGGCCAGCGAUAUGGGCCCAUACGAGUGCCAGGUGAUCGUCUCUGCCUCCGGCAAGGUGACCAAGAAGCUCAAUCUGCUGAUCAAGACGCCGCCUGUGAUCUCCGAGUCGACGCCAAAAAGCACCCUGGUGACUGAGGGGCAGAACCUGGAGGUCUCCUGUCAUGCCAAUGGCUUUCCCACGCCCACCAUAUCCUGGGCACGUGAACAGAACGCCAUCAUGCCCGCUGGUGGCCACGUGCUGAACGAGCCCACGCUGAGAAUUAAGACGGUGCAUCGUCUGGAUCGCGGCGGCUACUACUGCAUUGCCCAGAACGGCGAGGGACAGCCGGAUAAGCGUUUGAUCCGUGUGGAAGUCGAGUUCCGGCCACAGAUAGCCGUGCAGCGACCCAAGGUGGCGCAGAUGUUGUCCCAUUCGGCGGAUCUGGAGUGCAGCGUUCAGGGCUAUCCGGCGCCAACUGUUGUUUGGUUCAGGAACGGCGUGCAGCUACAGUCCAGCCGCCACUACGAGGUCUCCAACACGGCCUCCUCCUCGGAGACGACCACCUCGGUGCUGCGCAUUGACAGCGUAUCGGAGCAGGACUUGGGUGAUUACUACUGCAAUGCCACCAACAAGCUGGGCCAUGCCGAUGCUCGGUUGCAUCUGUUCCAGCCGGUCAUACCCGUGCCCUCCGCAUCGUAGUCGGGCCCUGCGCGCCGCGUCCAGAGUUUCCCACGCUUGAAAAAAGACUUGAAUUCCUAAUUUAAUAUUUUCGGCAAUUGUUUGGUAUUAUGUUCUUUAUAUAUACGUAAAUGUCUGGCCGCGGCUUCCAGUCGGAUGCGGUCUGUAGUUCUUAUUAUUAAUGAUUCAUUCAAUUAACUCUGAUUCCGAUUCACUUUAAACG